GUCCGUUGAAGCGUUGGAUCGUUUUUCUGUUGGAGACCGUGAGUGUUGUCGUUUUGCGGGGCUGUGUGGUCGUCAUCCUCAACAGAUCCACCCUCAAAGGAACCUAAAAAGCCUUUAGCGGUUAUAUAAGGGGUGUCCACUAACCAUGGCCGCAAAGGGGAGGCCCUGGCAUACCCUUUUCUCCGAGUCCGCGGCACUGUGGAUCUUCCUGUGUUAGCCUCUUCUCUGCAUAUUCUAGCCGCAUCACACAAUCACAAGGUAGAUAUACCGAUGUACCAGCAACCAAGGGGCUUCAGAUGUGUUGAAUUCCCAAGUCCACCCAUGUAUACCCAUGUCUGUGUCCUUUUGAUUUCUUUGAGGGUUCGUGUCUCGGUUCUGGACUUGAGAUUGAAAUUCCGGCUCAAGCUGUCACGGCUCAAGCUGUGAAGCGGUCGCAGUUUUGGAAUCAUGGGCCGGUCCUUUCUUCACAUCCUAUGUCUCGCCCUUGUGGCGAAAGCCGAGGAGGGGAAGGAUGCUAGCCACUACAAGCAAGUCGGGCAAGACUUCUUAAAGGAGAACAAAAACCGUGAAGGGGUGGUGACGCUGAAGUCGGGACUCCAGUACAAGGUCUUAAAGAAGGGCACUGGAAAGUUUCAUCCGAAGAAGGACACCACCUGCAGCUGCCACUAUGCUGGUACCACCUUGAGCCUCACUCCUACUGCCCUUGAGCUGCCCGAGGAUCAGUGGAAAGAGUUCGACUCCUCCUACAAGCGCGGCUCGCCCACCGAUUUUGCUCCGAACCAGGUGAUUAAAGGCUGGACGGAGGCAAUGCAACGUAUGGUGGAGGGAGACAAAUGGGAACUGUAUAUUCCUUCGAAGUUGGGCUAUGGCGAUGGAGGCAGUGGUGAGAAGAUCAAGGGUGGUGAACUGCUCAUCUUUCGGAUGGAGAUGAUGAAGAUCGUGGGGAGUGGUAAGGUGAGAGCCACCAAGUGUGACUUGAAGUCGCGGGAGAACUGCGAGCCGCAGGAGGUGGCCCUCCUCGACAAAUGGGUGAAAAAUCCGGACCUCGAGAAGGAGGUGGCCAGGCUGAGCAAAGAGAGCGAAGGGACGUUGAAGGCUCAGGCCAGAGAGAAGGUGACCUUCGAACUCAGUCUGUUGAAGCAGAUCCUGAAGGCCAGGAAGAAGGGUGAAGAGCUUUGAGAUGCUUUGAGCGAGUUCGAGACGGAGUAGUAGAGUUCAAGACAGCAGGCGCCUGCUGUGCUUAUUGACCCGCAGAAGACGAGGCCAAGUCGAAAAGAGGUUCAGGUGGGACAUUGGGAG